AUGGUAAAAUUGGUCUCUCAUGGAAAGCUUAAAGGUUAUCAGCUGCCUGUCUUUCUAUUUGACUCGAAAUUGUUGCAGUUUUGCUUCCAGUUUGACGAUGACAUAAGUUCACCUUUGAAUGUAAAAAAUGCGACGGCAGCAGGCAGCUACGGCGAUCAUGACUACCUUGAUCAUCGUUACGAACCACCGUUCUAUGGUGGCUUCAAUUUUGGGAUGUACGGCUAUGGUCGACCAUAUGACCGCCUUGUGAACACAGGCAGCUACGGCGACCAUGACUACCUUGAUCAUCGUUACGAACCACCGUUCUAUGGUGGCCUCAAUUUUGGGAUGUACGGCUAUGGUCGACCAUACGACCGCCUUGUAAACAAUGGGCGACCUCACAUCCUCGAUUGCUCGUCUGGAGUCUUCUAUGAUGGCAAUGGUAUCUACACCCAAAAAAGCUGCGACAAAUGCUGUAAGCAAGCUGCACGACUUGAAGCCAACAUGAAAGAGAGCGAGAUCCUUGGCAUGAUGCUUGUCAUAGGCAACAAGACCGAGUGCGCCUGCUGUGCCCCUUAUCGUCCAUACAUGGAUCUGUUAGGUGUACCAGUACAGUAUACUGUUCAACCUCAGCAUCCAUCCUAUCAGCCGUCUCCUCCAAGUCACGCUCAACCCAUAUAUCCCAACUAUCAACCUACCGGCUAUUAA